CAUGAAGUGCACCAGGUCCCAGUGACAGCACUGGCCUUUGGUAAGGACUACCUAUUUGCAGGAGAAGGUCCGAAUUUGAGAGUCCACAGCCGUCACGACAACGAACUGAUCGAGUCGAUCACUGUAUUCUUCUCACAAGCUAUCCAUGGAAUUGCCAUAUAUUCCGAAGGUAUCAUUGUCUGGGGCGGUCGCUUGGUCACACGAUUUACCUUUGCUGAACAUCAACAUUCCCCUCUGAGUCGUCAUUCUUCUUUCGAAGCAGCCGAUUGGAUCCUCGACAUCUCUGUCUCUCCCAAAUUGUCUGGACAGAUGCAAAAAGCUGCUUUGAUCACUGCUCACAAUGCUCUCCUCCUAUUGAAAUUGGAACCAACAUCCGGGUUGACAGAGUUGACCUCAAACUCAAAGUGUAUCCUUUAUUCGGCCCACAUUCACUGGACCACCAUCGACCAUAUCCUUGUAUCGUCGGGCACAGUCUUCGGCGACAUUAUCGUGUGGUCUUGUUUAUUGCAGGAGGCCAAAAUCCCUUCAUCAAUACUACACCAUGUUUUGAUUGGCCACGAGGGGUCCAUAUUUGGUGUGCAAAUCUUCGAACCCUCAGCAUCCGAGUAUGAAAACGGUCCCUCUCGGUUGCUGGCUAGCUGUAGUGACGAUCGCACUAUCCGCAUCUGGGAUAUCUCAUCUUUACCCGAAACCGUUACCAACCCGCAAGCAGCUGCAGACUUGACGUCGGCUCGGGAAACUGGCUUUGGUGCCAACGUCGCUGAUAUUCUACCCGAGAACGCAGCUGGUGGAAGAUGCAUCGCCCAAGGCUGGGGACAUGCCUCGAGAAUCUGGGGCGUGAAGUUCAUACCAUCCUUAGAUUCAAAAGUCCUCUCGUAUGUUGUAUCAUUCGGUGAAGAUGCUACUCACCAAUUCUGGAGUCUUUGUCAGUCCGAUCCUGAUCAGUUCGCUUUAUCAUACCUUGGGAGCUCUUGUUUGCACGCAGGCAAGAACAUCUGGUCAUGGGCAAUUCAUCAAAACACCCCAGGAGAGGUCGUCAUUGCUAGUGGCGGUGCAGACGGCAGUGUUGCUCUCGAGCCAAAGUCGAUCCCCUUCACUAGCGAGUCAGAUCACACUCAAACCUGGUCGAUAGAUGAUCUGGGUUCUUCAUGCCCGGAUCGACCACAAUCAGGACGUUCAGACAAGCUACGAAGUUACGCCUUUCUGGACAAGACCAAUCUGUUAGUCACGACUGACGCUGGAAACGUCCUGCUGUUGACGGAGAGUAAACAAGGUCAAGCUCAAACAGACUGGAUCAGGAAGGAAGAGAAGCUGCGAGGAUACUCUGUCGUCACCAGCAUACCAAGCCUGUCUGUUGCUUUUCUGGCAGGUAUGGAUGGUUCAGUCAUGCUAUACGAAGGUAANAAAGUAAAGAGCCUGGUCAAAUCAACCAGGAAGACCUCAGCCUUGUUUGCCCAGCAGUUGUGUUCCUCGAAAAGUAUUUCUCAGCAAAUUGGUCUUCUGGUCGCCAACGUUGAAGCCAAGACAGCUCUCUUCACGCGCUUCAGCCUGAGCGAUGUCACAGAAGGUGCUCGUACGAUUGAAGACCAGUCAACGUGGAAACUCGCUUUACCCAAAGGCUUCGUCAUCACUAGCGCCCUCGCAGUGAACCUUGAUCAGGGCCAAGGUCUGAUGCUCAUCCUGGGGUCAAGGAGCGGCUCAAUAACAACUUUCCAUGUGAACGACACCCCAGACGUUGAUGGAGAGGUCGCACACCAAUACCUACUUGCACAAGCUCACGAAUUCGAAUCUGUGACCGAUCUGGCUUGGUAUGCAGGAACGAGCUUGGCUGGGCACGGCGGUCACAUCUUUUCAGUAGGAAGAGACGGUACUUACGCUAUACAUCAACUCUCGAACUCAGACUCUGGUGUCGAGCUACAGCUGAUCAGCCAAACUACUCUUCCGUUGGGGACAAAUAUUGAGGGGAUUCACAUUGACGAGAACACCAAUCACCUUCUGGUUUGGGGCUUUCAUAGUCGUCAGUUCAUUGUGUUUGAUGCCACAGAUGAGCGUGAAAUCAUGAACAUUGACUGCGGCGGAGCCAACAGAGUCUGGAAGUUCGUCCCUGAAGGGUUACAAGGCGGUCACUUCGUCUGGACAAAGGCUUCUCAACUCUGCCUCUUCUCCCAGACUCAAAAUCUCACGGAAGUUAUGAACAGUGGCAGCCAUGGCCGAGAGAUUAAGUCUGUGGCUGUUGCUCCUGCAAAUCCGACCAAGUCCGGCGUCCUGUUUGCGACUGGUUCAGAAGACACUGAUAUCAAGCUUUUCACUUAUCAGAAUCAGGGCAAGGUGCCCCACUUCCGCUGUCUCAAGACGCUNAAAAAGCACAACACCGGUAUCCGGCAGCUGGAAUGGUCAUCCGACGGACACUAUCUGUUCAGUAGUGCUGGGUUUGAGGAGUUCUUUGUGUGGAGAGUGGAGAAGGCGCCUAUGGUCGAGCUGGGGGUGGUCUGCGAAUCAGUAUGUCCUACCGAGAGUGAUUUGCCCGAUCUCAGAAUUAUGAGCUUCUCAUGUAGAGAAGAACAUGGCAAGUUCAUCAUCACAAUGGCUCGUUCAGACUCCACUUUGCGGAAUUCUUGGAGCAUUUUGAUGACUGGAAACUACCUCACCUCUUGCUUGACGCAAUGUCUGCACAUUGAGACGUUUGACCACACUCAGUCGCUUAUCACGGCGGGUACCGAUGGACAUGUUGCUUUCUUCCCGCUCGAGGCUGGCUCCACGGCUGCCACGACCGAACCAAGUGCUUUGAAGUGGACUUCCCGUGCAAAUAUUCACCAAAACACAAUACACUCCAUGAAAUUGCACUGGUUCGACACCAAGACGUGUCUGCUUGUCACUGGAGGUGAUGAUAAUGCAGUCGCUUUCAGCGUUUGCGCCUGGAGCGCUGCAGGAACAACGCCAAAGGUUCAUACAGUGAUUGUUCCGCGCGCGCACGCAGCUGCUGUCACUGGUGUCGAGCUUCUAACCUCUCCUGGCCUCAGAACGUUUGGGGUUGCGACCACCAGUAUUGAUCAACGAGUCAAGUUCUGGGAGGUACAUUAUGAUGGUGCACAGCUAGGGGUUGAUGGGCUUACGGUCAAGAAGAAGGGCAACCACUUUACUGCUGUUGCAGAUGUCUCUGGUCUUGCUGCCUUGGAUGCUUCAUCCCUCAUUGUCUGCGGAGUUGGCAUAGACGUAUGGGGCCAUGAGGUACGUGGUGGUUGA